GAUACGCACGAGAUCGGGCACUUAUGAGUUUGCGCAGGUUACAUUGUUAUUGCCACUUGUUGGGCGCCAGAGCUCAGUGCGCGUGGAGCGGCCGCCCUCGCCCCCGUGCCGACGGUCCCGCGACCACGCCAACUUUGCACGAUACGCGAUGUGCAAGUGAAGUGAGGGUUGGAGACAUGUCGAGAAGGAAACAGGCGAAACCGAGAUCGUUGAAACCGGAAGAAGAGGGGUGGGAUGAAGAAGGUGGGGUGGGGAGCGAGGAAGAGACUGACGCAGAAGACGCAGCCGACGGCGAGGAGCUGGCCCACGACGAGGGCAGCGACGAGAACGACGACGAUGAGGACAAGGUGGAAGAUGCAGACGAAUCUAAUGUUAGAGACGGCUUCGAAGAAGAAGAGGGGUGGGAUGAAGAAGGUGGGUUGGGUAGCGAGGAAGAGACUGACGCAGAGGACGCAGCCGAUGGCGAGGAACUGGCCCACGACGAGGACAGCGACGAUAAUGACGACGAUGAGGACAAGGUGGAAGAUGCAGUCGAUUCUAAUGUUAGAGACGGCUUCGAAGAAGAGGGGUGGGAUAAAGAAGGCGGGGUGGGAAGCGAGGAAAAGACUGACGCAGAGGACGCCGCCGACGGCGAGGAGCUGGCCCACAACGAGGGCAGCGACGAGAACGAUGAGGAUGAGGACAAGGUGGAAGAGCAGACGUUCUAA